AUGGCUUCUGACAUCCCGGGAUCGGUGGUGUUGCCUGUGGCCCCCGUGGCGGCCUCUGGACAGGUGAGGAUGGCAGGGGCCGUGCCCGCCCGCGGAGGAAAGCGGCGUUCCGGGAUGGACUUUGACGACGAAGAUGGCGAAGGCCCCAGUAAAUUCUCAAGAGAGAACCAUAGUGAGAUCGAGCGGCGCCGGAGGAACAAGAUGACCCAGUACAUCACGGAGCUGUCGGACAUGGUCCCCACCUGCAGCGCGCUGGCCCGGAAGCCGGACAAGCUCACCAUCCUGCGCAUGGCCGUGUCGCACAUGAAGUCCAUGAGAGGCACCGGGAACAAGUCCACGGACGGCGCGUACAAGCCUUCCUUCCUCACCGAGCAGGAACUGAAGCACCUCAUCCUGGAGGCCGCUGACGGGUUCCUCUUCGUCGUGGCGGCCGAGACAGGGCGUGUGAUUUACGUGUCUGACUCCGUCACCCCCGUCCUGAACCAGCCCCAGUCAGAGUGGUUCGGGAGCACCCUCUACGAACAGGUGCAUCCCGACGACGUGGAGAAGCUGAGGGAGCAGCUGUGCACCUCGGAAAACUCGAUGACGGGCCGCAUCUUGGACCUGAAGACGGGCACGGUGAAGAAGGAAGGGCAGCAGUCGUCUAUGCGCAUGUGCAUGGGCUCGCGGCGCUCCUUCAUCUGCAGGAUGAGGUGUGGAAACGCCCCCUUGGAUCACCUUCCCCUCAACAGAAUCACCACCAUGCGGAAGCGCUUCAGGAACGGUCUUGGCCCCGUGAAAGAAGGAGAGGCCCAGUACGCCGUGGUCCACUGCACGGGGUACAUCAAGGCCUGGCCGCCAGCAGGAAUGACGAUCCCCGAGGAAGACGCCGACGUGGGCCAAGGCAGCAAAUACUGCCUCGUGGCGAUCGGGAGGCUCCAGGUGACCAGCUCGCCCGUGUGCAUGGACAUGAACGGGAUGUCGGUGCCCACGGAGUUCCUCUCCCGGCAUAACUCGGACGGAAUCAUCACAUUUGUGGAUCCCAGGUGCAUCACUGUGAUCGGCUACCAACCCCAGGAUAUCCUGGGCAAAGACAUUUUGGAAUUCUGCCACCCGGAGGACCAGAGCCACCUGCGCGAGAGCUUCCAGCAGGUGGUGAAGCUGAAAGGCCAGGUGCUGUCAGUCAUGUAUCGAUUCCGCACCAAGACCCGGGAGUGGAUGCUGAUCCGCACCAGCAGCUUCACCUUCCAGAACCCCUACUCGGAUGAGAUCGAGUACAUCAUCUGUACCAACACCAACGUCAAGCAGCUGCAGCAGCAGCAGGCAGAGUUGGAAGUGCACCAGAGAGACGGGCUGUCAUCCUAUGACUUGUCGCAGGUCCCGGUCCCCAACCUCCCCGCUGGAGUUCACGAGGCCGGGAAGUCGGUGGACAAAGCCGAUGCCAUCUUCUCCCAGGAGCGAGACCCCCGGUUCGCCGAGAUGUUCGCAGGAAUCAGUGCGUCGGAGAAGAAGAUGAUGAGCUCAGCCUCGGCAGCAGGAGCCCAGCAGAUGUACUCCCAGGGAAGCCCGUUCACCCCGGGACACUCGGGGAAGGCCUUCAGCUCAUCGGUGGUGCACGUGCCUGGGGUGAACGACAUUCAGUCCUCGUCGUCCACAGGCCAGAACAUGUCCCAGAUCUCCCGGCAGCUGAACCAGAGUCAGGUGGCCUGGACGGGCAGUCGGCCACCCUUUCCCGGACAGCAAAUCCCAUCCCAGUCCAGCAAGACUCAGUCAUCGCCCUUUGGGAUCGGAACGAGCCACACCUACCCAGCUGACCCCUCCUCCUACAGCCCCCUGUCCAGCCCAGCUACCUCCUCGCCGAGUGGGAACGCCUACUCCAGCCUGGCCAACAGGACUCCAGGGUUCGCUGAAAGUGGACAAGGCAGCGGGCAGUUCCAGGGGCGGCCCUCGGAGGUCUGGUCACAGUGGCAGAGCCAGCACCACGGCCAGCAGAGCGGUGAGCAGCACUCCCACCAGCAGCCCGGUCAGAGUGAAGUGUUCCAGGACAUGCUGCCCAUGCCGGGGGACCCCACCCAGGGCACCGGCAACUAUAACAUCGAAGACUUUGCCGACCUCGGCAUGUUCCCGCCCUUCUCCGAGUAGCUGCGGGCCCAGCCAGGCUGCCUCUGUGCAGUGCCACCCACGCGGUGA